AUGAUUUAUUUCUACAUAUCCUUAUUGGCCUUAAGUCAACUAACUUCUGGGAAUUCAUUCAAAGACUGUGGAUCAUCGAAAGGUUCUGUAAUUUCAAUGGCAGUAAUACCAUGCGAUUCAGAACCGUGUUCCUUAUACAGGGGCAAAAAUUCUACGAUAUCAAUCGAUUUUAAAACAUUGUCUAAUGUUACGAAGGCGAAUGCCGUAGUACAUGGAAUAAUUGCAGGCCUACCAAUACCAUUCACCCUACCCAAUCCUAAUGUUUGUGAUUUUGUCAGCCCAUCGUGUCCACUGAAGUCCACUGAAGGAAAGUACACUUAUAAGUAUGCAAUGCUGACUUCCAAUGAAUAUCCCCCGAUAAGAGUGACAAUCAAAUGGGAACUAAGCGAUGAAGAAGGCAAUGAUUAG